CUCCACCGUUAGUUCUCUGCGUCUUACUGCUGGCGCUGAUCUUGGCUGCGAUACCGAUCAGCAGUUGGCAGGACAGCCGAGCCCGAGCGCUCCGCAAACGGGGAUGUGUGGUUUCGUGCUGAGGGCUCCAAAGCUGUUAUUGCACGAGUGUUAUUGAACCACUUUGACAUAUUUAAGGUGAAAUAUGUAUGAAGCUCUUGGAAAGUAGCUGGACUCUUAGUGACAGCUUCAAGUUUGACAAGUGGAGCUGUCCGGGUGCAGGACGACGCCAGUCAAAGCUGCCCUGCAGGAAGUGAGUUCUGACCUGCUGCUGGGACUCCAGGCGACCAACCUGAGCUUAAACUGCAGGAUGAGACGGGGGGGGAAAGAAAACCCACUCGGACGUCACGCUACCGUUUGUGCCGACGGCGUGAUUUAGGAGUUUUCCACCAUGGAAGAGAAGUUCAAUAGACUCAUCUUCAUCCCCAUUGCGGCGGUGCUCUUCCUCAUGAUCGGCUACCAGUAUGUGUGCCCGGCGGACAGCAACACCUGCUACUUCCGAAGUGACGAGAAGGGGCUCUUCCAGCGCUACUCUCCAGGGCUGGAGUUGGUUUACACGGAGCCAGAGGCGGACGAGGACCUCCCCUCCAAAAUCACAUCCAGAUUCAACUUCACGGAACGGGACCUGGACAGGCACGUCGACUUCAACAUCCGCGGGGACGAUGUGAUGGUGUUCCUGCACAUACAGAAGACCGGCGGGACCACGUUUGGGCGGCACCUGGUCAAAAACAUCCAACUGGAGCAGCCCUGCGACUGCAUGCCCGGCCAGAGGAAAUGCACCUGUCACCGGCCCGGGAGAGCCGAAUCGUGGCUCUUCUCGCGGUUCUCCACGGGCUGGAGCUGCGGGUUGCACGCGGACUGGACCGAGCUCACGAGCUGCGUGCCUGUAGUGAUGAACAAGAGGGACAAGAAGAACGCCCCAAAGAGCAAAAGGAAUUUCUACUACAUUACUAUGCUACGUGACCCUGUGUCACGCUACCUCAGCGAGUGGAAGCAUGUGCAGCGUGGAGCCACCUGGAAAACCGCCCUCCAUAUGUGUGACGGUCGCCCUCCCACUCAGGACGAGCUUCCCACCUGCUACAGCGGCGAAGACUGGACAGGCGUGCCCCUUCCUGACUUCAUGAACUGCCCUUCUAACCUUGCUAACAACCGGCAAGUCCGCAUGCUGGCGGACCUGAGCCUGGUGGGAUGCUACAACAUGUCCUCCAUGAGCGAGCUGGAGAGAGGCCGUGUACUGCUUGCCAGCGCCAAGUCCAACCUACGCAACAUGGCCUUCUUUGGCCUGACGGAGUUUCAGCGCAAGACGCAGUACCUGUUUGAACGGACGUUUGGCCUGCGUUUCAUCCGGGCCUUCACACAGAUCAACAGCACGCGAGCUGCCAGCGUGGGAAUCAGCGAGAAGGUGCGGUGGCGCAUUGAGGGACUCAACGCCCUCGACAUGGAGCUUUAUGAGUAUGCCAAGGAGCUGUUCCUGCGGCGAUACCAGUAUAACCGGCAGAGGCAACACCAAGAGGAGCGGCUGAGGAGGCGGCAGGAGAGGCAGCAGAGGCAGCGGCUGCACAGGACCUAUUUGGCUGAACUGUGGAGACUGGGAAUAGGAGGAAGAGGAGCAGAGGAAGCAGAGGAGGAGGAGGAGGAGGAAGUGAAGGUGAAGGUGCUAGAAGAGGUAGCCACCACAGAGGACUAUGGCAGCCAGGUGGUGCGGUGGUGAGGAGGACGCAGGAACUGCAAACACCUCAGCAGCGACUGAUGGCUGGUUGAUUCAUUGUGCUUUACUCUCCUCCCUUCGUCUCCCUCUGUCUCGCCUCUGCUGUGAAUCUGCCAAAAUCUCCUGCCCCGCUGCCCUCCUAGCCUCAUAGCGCUUCGUCGGACUGCCGAACGGUGUCUUAAUAUUUAUGAUGGAUGUAUUUCUCAUGGCAACAUUUUGUAUUUACAUUUUUUUCUUAUGGCUAUUUUUGGCACUGCAGUCGUGAAAUGUAUUUAUUUAUUCAUUAGCAAGUGCUUUGAAUGUUCUCAAAGCAGUAAAAAUGUUUCUUAAAUUAUCAUUAGAAGAACUAAAAAAAAAGUGCUUCAUGAAGGAGGCCCGUUUUAGUCAUUUUCAAAAUGGUGACUGCCUUGUGGUGAAGGACCCUCAGUGUCAUGUUUGUGAUCUUGCACUGUGUUGAUCAGUGAAAUCUUGUAGUUACUCUGUGGUGUUUGGCUUCAUAAGAAUAUCAAAGCACAAACUUGACAGUAGUCUGCGGUGUGUUUUCUUCUUUCUGACUGAUUAAGCUGCAAUAUAACAGCAACAGUGAAGGCAAUUUCUGGCAGGAAAUAUGUUCAAUAAAAAUACGCAGCAUCCGACGAUGUUAAUUUGUACCUGAUGGACUCUCUGUUGUGCAUGUGUACAUGCAAGUGUUCUUGCUUUGCUCCUUUUUCACAGCAUG